AGCAGACAGAAUGGCCCUUACUGAGGAGAAAGUAAUGCUAUCUUUUGUAGAGCUUUAGCUGUGUGGGAUACAUGCAGUGAGAGUUAAGUGACGUACCUACAAUACUACCACGCAAGGUGACAGACAUUAUUACUACCCAAACAUGGCUUUAAACGAACAAGAGAGGUUGCUUCUGAAACUGAAGAUCGCGGAGAAUACCGAACGAUACACGGACAUGCUCGAAGUAGUCAAACGUUUGGCCCGAGAGUACCCGGAAUAUUUCAUAAAAGAAGGUCAGCUGAAGUUCCUGUCGAUCGCCUACAAGAACUGUGUUGGACACCGGCGGUGCUCUUGGAGGAUCAUCAACAGUCUGCCCGAGGUCACCAACGAGAGGAAGAAAGACAUCACCAGGCGCUACUUGGCAAACAUUGAAGAUGAGCUCACAAAGUUCUGCACAGAGAUAGUGGAAAUUAUCGACAAACAUCUACUCCAAGUUGCAACUACGAUGGAAGUGAAGGUGAGCCUUCUGAAAACCAAGGGAGAUUACUGUCGCUAUAUGGCGGAAAUUCAAACAGCCGACAAAAAAGCAGCGUCAGUGAAAAAUGCUGAGGAGUUUUAUAAGGGAGCUAUGUCUGAAGUGGAGAAGGAAAUGCCUCCGACCCACCCAGAGAAGCUUGGCCUGGCUCUCAACAUGUCCGUGUUCUACUAUGAGAUCGCAGAGAACCGCCACCACGCCUGCAAAUUAGCCAAAUCGGCGUUCGACGCGGCCAUUGCUGAUCUGGACAACAUGGAUGAAACCAACUACAAGAGCAGUACACAGAUACUUCAACUCAUAAGGGACAAUUUGACGUUAUGGACUUCGGAGGACCCGGAUGACAGUACAGAUUGACGUUGAAUCCAGUACAUCAAAUAUAGAAAAUUUACCAUCACUUUACUAAGCUUACAUUAUAUACUGAACAUAUUGAUUUUUGAAAGCGUUCUGAGCAUACCCUUUAUGUAAUCGAAUUGAUCAUUACAAUGCCUUUGUUGACAACAUUUGCUAAAAUCAAUAGAAGCAUUAUGUUGAAUGAGCUAGCUGAAAGUUUCAAUUGAUCACCUAAAGUAUUAUUUGUUAACAGUAGUAUAAAUCAAUAAAGCUUAUGCUGACCUUACUUAAGGAGAAUGUAAAAUAUCACAACUCUCCAUUCCACAAUCCAUGUAUAUCCUUCGUAUAUAUGCUGUUGGUAUUGGAUCUUUGAACAGAGAUAGUGAUACAGUGUUAUCUGACUGCACGUCUAGUCUGUGUAAUUAUAUACAAAAACAUUGCAAUGUAAGAUUGAACGUUAAUCUGGAAAUUUGUUUAUACGGACAAUUUCACUCAGUCUGGAUAAAAGGGCUUCUUUUUAUACAUUCAUUGCAACACGUCAAUCUACGUCUCGCUCAUUAUAUUUUACUAUAUUAAUUCAUAGAUAUUUCCUUCAAAUGAACUACAGUAAACUACGCUUAUAACGAACACAAACGGACUACUAAUUUUAAUUCGUAAUAACCAUAGUUCGUUACAAGCAUAUAUGCAGCAUAUGUACAACAAAUGGCCGGGACUAAAAUUAAGUUCGUUUUAUCGGUCAGUUCGUAAUAAACGUGUUCGUUAUAAACGUAGUUUACUGUAUAUGUGUGAGGUUGUAGUGAGAUCAGUCCCAUUAUCGUUGCUGUUUAUGGGAGAAUAAAGUGUUGAUAUUCUGAA